CGAGCGCCACCGUCGUAGGCGCACCCCUUUGCGGACGUCACCUUGCAGGGCGGUGCACUUCCUGGUUUCCGUUGUGUUGUACUUUCUAGGCUACUGAUUGAUUAGAGGAAUGAUACAUUUACCCCUGCGGCGACACUUGGUCGGACCGAUUCGUUUAGCGUUCACUCUUCUCGGACUCCCGCAUACCGUCUGGACCUCCGGAGUAAGGCCUGCUAUUUCCUGCCCUUCUUCUUACCCCUUCCCAACCAGUAAAACCAUCAGCGCUGUCAACACUAGUUACUGCCGCGGGCACUCGACCAUGCCAUCUUCAGCAGGGCCUCAUGUAAAGUCCAGAUGCCCACAGUAUCCAGGGUCCAAUAUCAAGCGCUUGUCUGUGCCUGAUGACAAGGUGGACUGGACUCAGAAGUGGCCUGAGUAUAAUCCAGUCAGCUACACGGCCCCUUCAGUUUUAAAUAACCCAGCCUGGGCGGAUCCUGAUAUUGGCUCAUCCUCUCCAAAUUUUAACACUGUGGAUGGUGCUGUGGACAGGACGAGCUUUGAGGGAAGCUACAAAGUGGAAAAUGGAAAACCGCUAAAUCCUUGUGGACGCACAGGGUUGGCAGGCAGAGGGUUGCUAGGACGAUGGGGACCCAACCAUGCAGCAGAUCCAAUAGUCACCAGAUGGAAGGUAGAUGUCAAAGGGGCAAAGGUUCAUCACUCAGUCUCCCAAAAGCCUGUUCUGCAGUUUGUGUCUAUCAAGAGGAAGGACUGUGGGGAAUGGGCCAUUCCUGGGGGCAUGGUAGAUCCAGGCGAGCAGGUUUCUCUCACACUGCAGCGGGAGUUCUCAGAAGAAGCAUUGAACUCGCUCUCUAGUUCCCCAGCAGAGAGAGCGGAAAUCCAUCAGCGCAUCACCAAUCUCUUCAAAUCGUCAGGAUUUAUGGUCUACAAGGGCUAUGUCGAUGAUCCCAGAAACACUGACAAUUCCUGGAUGGAGACGGUUGCUGUCAACUUUCACGAUGACUUAGGUAACAGCGUGAGCGAGCUGCCACUGGAAGCUGGUGAUGACGCCGGACAAGUCCAGUGGGUUGACCUUGACUCAUCUUUCCCCCUUUAUGCGAAUCACUCCCAUUUCCUGGAGAUUGUUGCCAAAGAGAGGAAAGCGCACUGGUAGCCAAAAACGAAUGAAUGCUUUGAGAGAAAAGGAAACUUAAGAGCCUUACUGCCCCUUGGUGUGGUGAGAGGGCUCAUCAACUGAAGUAGCAUGGCAUUUUAUGUGAGCCUACUCACACUGAUUGAUGAAUGAAACCCUAACAUAUAUUAAUUUAUUUCUAAAACUCCUAUAGAUGUGCUCUGCAGUUUAAAAGAGAUAGCCUGCUAAGCAUGCUGUUUGAGAUAAUAAAAGAACUAUUGUACAUUUAGAUUAAACCCUUUGGCUCACUGCUUGCAAGAUAGUAAAAAUAAGCCUGUAAGAAGAAGAGUAAGCACAGAUUAUGCUAAUGUAUUCAAUGCUAACAAGUAUCACAUUAACCAAACACAAUGAUCUCCCGAACAUAACAGUACUACUAAAUUAAUGGAAGGGGAGAAAUCAGAAUAAAGAAGUGGAAUCUGGCUUUGAUCUUUACAUGUGAAAAGGAUAUGAUGAUUGUGAUGCGCAGGAGCAGACAUGGUUUCGAGUGGCAGCAGACGGUGGAUGUAAAACAGCAUUUUGCAAUCAGCAGGCUGCCUUUCCAAAUGUACACAUCAAAACGUGUCAUCUCACAGGUCGGGAUACUUAUCAGGGAGGCAGUGAUGAAUUAUGCAUGAAAGAACUUGAAAUCUGUGUGAGACAAACACUAACACCUCUGUUAUUUAAAGGUACUGCAGAAUGGAGGGUGCCAAAAUGAAUCGAAUAAAUACAUCAUUAAUUAUGUCAACAAUGGGUUCAAAUUGGAAAUGCAUUAAUUGUUUUUUAUUACAUGUUUUAAAUGAAACUUUAUUUUGAAUGAUUAUUUUGUAAUAAGUUUAUUAUUUUUAAUUUCAAAUAAUUAAUGACAAAUGUCAAUAAUUAUUUAAUCAACUAUUUAUCUCAUUAUUUUUGGCACUCAUGUCCUCUAUUCUCAACAACCAAAAAUAAUUAUUCAUAAAAUCCCGUUAGGAGUGGCAGCUGCUUUGUCUUCAGAAUGAUUUUCCAUAUUUUACAAGGUAUGAUAUAAUUUCUUUUUCCUCUGUGUACCAAAACUGGUGAGGACAUCAGUUGGGCUUAUCAAGCAUUAACCUUAAUCAAAUUAGGGCCCCAAGAGUUCCAGGAGGCACAACAAAUCCUAUAAAACUAUUUUAUUUGCUCUCCGACCACAAUGUCACCCAUGUACAGCGGUCCCCCCGGUACCGGUCCGUGAGUCGUUUGGUACCGGGCCGCGAGAGUUGAGGCUCAGGUGUGAAAUGUAUGGUUUUCAGGGUUUUUAUCGGUU